AUGGCUUCUGUCGGAACCGAUGCUGAGGGCCAGGUUACCUUCCUUGUUCACUGCAUCAAGCAUUCUUCCGGUGGAAAGAUUGACUUUCAAGCUGUUGCUACAGAUUGCAACAUCGCUUCCAAGGCCGCUGCUGCCAAGCGGUUCGAGCGCAUCCUCAAGCCUCAUGGCAUGAAAACUAGCGACUUGUCCAAGACUGGCCCCAUCGGCAGUGCUGCCUCUCCUGGUGGCAGCAGCGCCAGCCCCAAGACCCCGGGCAAGGCCACGCCCAAGCCCAAGGGCAAGCGCGCUCUCACCGAGACUCCCACCAAGGAGACGAAGCGCGUCAAGCUGGCCAACCACCCGGCUGUCUCGUCCUACAAUGACGAGGACGAUGCGGAGAAUGUGCCUCAGUUCAAGGUCAAGGACGAUCCCGAGGCCUCUGGCACUGACUCGGCCAACGGUUCGUACAACGGUAUCCCCCGAUGCCGCGAUGACGAUGACGACGACCUGCAACUUCUCUACGUUGUGGAGAAGACGAGCGAUUGCCCGAUUCACGAUUGCGGCGGAUAUCGAAAUCAUGCCAAGGCCGACGAGCAUGCCGAGAUUUAG